AGAGUGCGGGGGCGUGGAGGCGGAGGAGCAGUGGGCGGGGCCGGGGGCGUGGCCGCGCGCCGCCCCGCCCCGCGCACACCCGCUGCCGGACGGGGACGAUUGUUGCAGGUCGGGCACUGGGUCGUUGCGGUCGACGGGCAAUUCACGCGCAGCGGCUGUCUUCCUGCAAGCGGAACGAGAGUCGAGCACUUGCAGACGAGAACUACCGCCGCGGCCAGACGCGCACAGAUCGUUGCGUGGUCGUCUGUCCGCGUGCGUGCCGGACGUAGCGAUGGCCCCCAACGCCAACACGCAUCUCCUCACUGCCAGGGACUACGUGUACGCGCCCGGCGCCGCCCCCGCCCCCAGCGCCGCCCCCGCCGCCCCCGGCACCGCCCCCGCCGCCCCCAGCACCGCCCCCGCGCCGCAACACCUGCGACACGCAGAGUACGGCGGCGGGCUGCAGCUGGACCUGGGCGACGGCGCUACGCACACGCCCAGGCCUGGAUCUCGCGCACAGCGAGCGGCACACAGCGCACGGCACAGGGAUAACACGCAGGCGCUGUCUUGUGUAAGAACACGUAACGAUGACGACGAACUUCGAGCUGCGAUAGAAUUAUCAGUUAUACGAGCUUACUCGUCGCUGGCGGGCGCGAGCGCUGCACGCAACAGACACUAUGCUGAUCUCCUGCCUUCUGGUGAGAUAAUAUAUUCUCAUAUGAUACAAUACGCCCCCAUGUAUAUAGGACACGCCCACAUAUAGACACACCUCUUCUAUACAUUAAAGACGACAGUAUAUAUCUUACAUAUGUCCCUUGUAACAUAAAACUCGUUAUAAUAUCCACAAUACACGCCCACAUGAAUAUAAUACACGCCCCAUGUGUUGAACACGCCCCCCUAUGUACACAAUACACCUCUUAAAGGAUGUUACACCUCCCAUCUAUAAUCAAUCGUCUUCGGUUUCAAAUAUAUCUAAAAAUAACUAUAAAUGCAGCCGAUUACUAACAUAUGCUAUAGAAUAAUACGUGCAUACUUAU